AAACCAGCGGAGCUUCAGACAGGCCAGCGCCUAUUGCACCUCAGGACAAUCACCGUCACACACCGAUUAUUGGUGUGAGCAGUGAGAGGCAGUGUGGAUAUUAUGGCUGUCACUCAGUCUGCACUAUGGGAGGCAUGCUGAGGGCUGCUGGAGCUGCUCCGUCCCUGAUAGACAGAAUAUCACAUGUUGGCUCAGCCUAGAGGACACUUCUUAACAUGCCAUGGGAUUAAAAUACAAAAUGACCACCAGCAGCCAGGAAACUUUUUGACUUCAGCAGCCAUUGAAGGUGGGUCAGCACCUCUGGCAGCAACGGUGGACUACAAUUCCCACAUGCGUCAGAUAGGAUGUUUCUGUGGGCAGGAAGUAAAGCAACCAAUGGAAGAAGUGACCGCAGAUCCAUCUACCAGAAGAUUCGGGAGUAUGAGGUCCUGGACAAGAGGAAGACAGUGACAGCUCUGAGAGCAGGAGAGGACAGAGCCAUAUUGCUGGGCCUCAGCAUGGUCUUCUUCUCUGUCAUGAUGUACUUUGUGCUUGGAAUCACCAUACUGCGCUCCUACUCUGACAGUGUGUGGACAGAUGAGGCUAACUGCACUAUUGUGAACUCCACCAUCAUGUGGGAUGUAAACUGCUCGUACAGCUGUGGAACAGAGUGCUGGAAGAGUUCCCGUUACCCCUGUCUCCAGGUCUACGUCAGCCUCAACUCCUCAGGAAAGGUUGUACGACUGCUGCACAACGAGGAGACACAGGACAGCAACCCUGAGUGCUUCUACAUCCCAAAGUGCCAUAAGGACUAUGCAGCCACACAUGCCAUAGUUCAGAACAUUUCUGAGCGUCUCAGGUCUCAGCACACAGUUCAGUGUUUCGUGGACCCUAAAGACAGGAUAGACAGUGCCAUUUUGACUCAGAUCUACGGUCGGGUCGCUGUCUUCCACUCCCUGUUCUGGCCAACCUGCACCUUGAUCGGAGGAACCCUCAUCAUUGCCAUGGUGAAGCUGACCCAGUACCUAUCUAUCAUGUGUGAGCGACUAAGCCACAUCAAGAGGUGAAGGGUAGACAAGUUCAGAUGGGAGUUCCUGUUAUAUGGACAUGGGGACAACUGAAGCAGCUUCACGAGGCAUGAUUUGGUCUGUCGAUUGGUCUAUGACUGUUGGAAUCCUGGGAUUCAAAGAAAGUAACAUGGUUACACAACUGGUUGAAAUCCAGAUUUGAAGAUAAACUAAUGCUGGUUUGGAGUGUGACACUAGUGGGGCCUGUUGGUGGUUGAAGCUCAGUAACAAUCUUUGAAAUAAUAAUUCACAUUUUGUUUGCUGGCCGGUCUUUGAUUUUGUAAGAUGUAUGCAAAUGCCUAUUUUGCAUUUGCUUGCUUUUAAACAUUUUGGGAAAUAUGCCUAUUUGCUUUCUUUUCCAUUGUGUCCAAUGUCCAAUAAAUAUGAAGCUACA